AUGAAGAGGCAUUUCACUGCAGAGGAGGCCGUAGAAAUGGUCAUGCAGCCUUCAUCAGCAAGCGAUGACUCUUCUUCUGAAGAAACAAGCUCUGAGUCUGACAUUGAAUUAUCUCUGGAAUCCUCCACAACUGAGAGUGCUUCUGAAUGUUUGUCUGGAAGUGGGGAUGACACUGAGGAUCCGGCCCAUCCUAGCAGUGAGUGGACAGGGAAAAAUGGGCAAGUCUGGUCUCCAUCUCAUGCCGAGACCCUGCGCUACAUUCAGGCACCCACCGGCAUGAGUCCAGGGCCCACACGAUAUGCCAUAUCAAGAAUUUAUGAUGUGGCAUCCUCUUUUGACCUUUUCUUCACUCCUGACAUGAUUCAGCUAAUUUUACAGAUGACAAAUCUCUAUGGGAGGCGUUCAGUGUCAGGAUGGAACGAUGUGGAUGCUGAAGAGAUUCGGGCUUACAUGGGACUUCUCAUCCUGGCGGGUGUGUACCGGUCCAAAGGGGAAUCUACCCGCAGCCUGUGGGAUGACCAGAGUGGGAGACCAAUCUUCAGGGCCACCCUGUCCCACAAACGCUUUGAAAUGAUAAGCGCUAGCCUCCGAUUCGAUGACCGACUCACCCGUCCUGCUCGAUACAAGAAGGACAAGCUUACAGCUUUCCGAAAUAUGUGGGAUAAGUGGACAGAGCGCCUCCCACUCUUGUUCAAUCCAGGGGAAGACAUAUGUGUCGAUGAGCAGCUCGUAGCCUUCAGAGUCCGCUGCAAAUUCCGGCAGUACAUCCCCAGCAAGCCAGCGAAGUACGGGCUGAAAAUCUGGAUCACCGCAGAUGUCGCCACGUCAUAUGCCUGGAGCUGCCAGGUGUAUACUGGAAAAGCCGCUGGUGAAUCUCCGGAGAAGGGCCAGGGAAAGCGAGUCAUCCUGGACAUGACUGAGGGGCUCAAGGGUGUCACACUUACAUGUGACAAUUUUUUCACUUCCUACUCACUUGCCCAGGAGUUUCUGAAGAAGAAAGUGGCCCUGGUAGGGACCAUCAGGGCAAACAAGCCUGAGCUUCCCCCCAAACUGAAGCAGACUAAGCAGAGAGCUGUCUUGUCAUCUGUGUUUGCAUUCACAACCACCACCACAGCAGUCAGCUACAUCCCGCGGCGGGGAAGAAAUGUCCUACUUCUGACCAGCAAACACAGAGAGCCAGCUGUACAUCAGGAUGACAAGAAGAAACCACAAGUCAUCAUUGACUACAAUCGCUGCAAGGGUGGCGUGGACAACCUUGACAAGGUGGUCAGUACCUACAGCUGUAGGAGGCGGACACUUCGGUGGCCUCUUGUCCUGUUCUUCAACUGCAUUGAUGUCUCCGCCUUCAAUGCUUUUGUGCUGUUCACUGCAGUAAAUCCCUCCUGGAACCAGCAAAUAACCUACAAACGGAGGUUGUUCUUAGAAGAGCUGGGGAAAUCCAUGGUGUCCUCACAGAUCAUGCGGAGAAAGCACCCCCCGCGAACAGCAGCUGCUGCUACCAUGGUGGUGGAGUUACAGACCAAUGUUGCUGCCCUCGCAGAAACCACCGAGACCGCCAUCACCACUCGUGCCACGGGCUCGACCAGAAGGAGACGUGUGUGCUGGUUGUGCACAGGCCUAAAAAAGAGGUCUUCUACCACGUGCACCAAGUGUAACAGGUGCAUGUGUAGAGAGCACCAGGUCCCAUGCUGCAGGACCUGCUGGUCUGCUGCUGGAAAUUAG